AUGCUGCUGUAUGCCGAGCACCUGUUCAACAUCCACGCCAUCUCUAUACAAGCAGUCCUCCCCUCUCCGUCCAACAAGGAGACUUGCGCGACGAUCUCUACUGAUGGCAGCAGUCUGACUCUCGCACACAAUGGACAUGUCGCCUCCAUCAAACUCCCUGCCGCUGUGCCGAAAGGCCGCACCACUGCAGCGCUACCUAUACCAGAGGCGCCUUGCGAAAGGAUGAGCUUCCGUGUGCAGCUACAGCAGGCCACUCUCGCCGAUGGCAGCCAGGAAGUGGAGAGCAUUGUGCCCUGGACUGCUGCCGCCUUGAACGCUGACACCGAGCUCAGCUGCAUGCAUUGCCAGCAGAUUGUCCUUGCCCGCGGUAAGGUCCUCACGUGGAAAAAUCUGCCAUCUGAGAAUUGGGCCGAGAUGAUGGACUUUUGGCACUGCCACCGGCCACAUGUCGCGCAUGAUCAUGACCGGGACCCUCCUACGAAGGGCUAUUCGGUUGACAGCACGCUCGCUCUCAACCCGGGGAUUGGCAUGGUCGAUCCGGUGGAUUUCGUGCUUGCCAGUAAGGACUGUGGAAACCUGAAGAUUACCUCAUCUCACAAUAGCCAGAACAAGGAAGCCGGACAACUAGAAUGCGUGUCAUGCAGUACAGUACUCGGUCACGUACACACCAGCGGUGGGUACAAGCUACGAAAGUUACAUUUGGCCGCAACGUCUGCGAUUGACCAACCCUCACGGUCGUACGAAGCAGAGAAGUGGUGGUCCUGUCUCUUGCUUUCGUCUAUUGAAUGCCAAGGCGUUCGCAAGUUCACCAUCCAAGACAGUCGCAAUGGCACACGGUCGCUUCGAUUGUGGGUCUUCACGCCAGACAUGACGGUAUCGAGCUCGGCAAUGACUUCUCCAGAACCCAUGCGUGCUGUGAAGGUGUUCUGGCAGGACUGUGAAAUGUCAUUCCAGGACUCCGGUGCACUCAACAGAAAUACGCUCGCAGAAGGCGAACUGGAGCUUCCUGCAGGCGAGACACAGGAACUCCGAGCGAAACUUGUCAUGAGCGCAGCAAUUUUGCCGGAUAGUGCCAGAACUUUUCAGGGCUGGAAUGUGGCCCUCCUACCACGCUUCACCCCUGCUGAUCUGAGAAGUUGA